AUGGCGCCGACCUCAAAUCGGGAACUUAUACCGAUUUAUACGGAUUGGGCAAAUCGACAUUUGAUACGAUUUGGAACAGAACCGAUCAAUGAUCUUACGAGUGAUUUACGUGAACCAAAAAAACUUGUCACACUUUUGCAAGCAAUUACAUUUGAUUGUGUUCCUUCUGCUGAAGAACGAAUUAGCACAGCAAUUGAUGGACACAUUGAAUCGAUAGAAAUUAUUGGUGGAUGUUUGCAAUUUGUUGAAUCGUUGAAUAUUGAUGUAUCUAAAGUUACAGCAAAUGAUAUUUUGAAUGGUCAUUUGGGUGCAAUACUUUCGCUACUUUAUGGUUUAUCAGUAUAUAAACAACGAAUUAAACAAUCUAUACGAGCUGCAGCUGUGACAACUAUUGCAACUGUACGAUCAUCUGAAUCAUCCACUACUACUUCUCAAGUAGCACAACUAAAAUCAAAGAAAAAUAAUACUGGAAAAAUUUGCACAACACAAACAAUGCCACCCAGUAGCAAACUUCCAUCGCCAUCAAUUCGUACAUCAACGACAAUUCAUUCAAAUACAACCGCUGCAGCGCAUGCAGCGAACUCACGUUUGGCGACACCAGCACGAAGCGUUGCCAAAGAAGGUUAUUCGGUGCAAACCACAAGUGCAAAAUCUAAACUUGCAUCACCAAAAGCUUCAGCACUUCGUGCACCUGUCAUACGUAUUCAUCCACCAACAUUUAAAACAUCCGGAUUGAAUAAUAAUGAUCAAUCAAGGCCAUCAUCUCGAAGUAGUUCAUUAGCUAGUUCCGGUACAUGUACCUCGGUACCAUCAACCAUCAGCACAACUCCUUCAACUUCUGCAUCAAGUAGCAUCACAAAUUCAUCAUCUACAAACAAUCAAAAAAUGCUCAAAAUGAAAUUUUUUACUGGAAAUAAAGAUAAAAAUAAAACAUAUUCACCAGUGGAAGCAGUUGGAAUGAGAGGAAUAACAACAAAUGCUUAUCAAAAAACGACAAUUAAUGAAAUGAAAAAUUCAAAAUUAGCUAUCAAUCAAAAUAAUGAUGAAACAGGAAAAGUUUCCGGAUUAAUCAAACCUAAAAAUGGCAACGUGAAAGUAACACGGAAAAUUCCACCUACAACAUCGAUAGCAUCAGGAGCUACACGUGAUACGAUAAAGGGUUUAGGUGUACGCGCAAGUGGUUUACCACUUCAAAGUAGUUCAUCAUCAUCAUCCUGCUCAAAUACCGCUUUGCAAGGAGUUAAACGAGCAUCAUCCAGUCGUACUCCUCAAUCAUCUGGUGCCCAAUUAAAACAAUCAACAAAUCUUGAUCCUGUGAAAAAUAAACGAUUUUCAAAAAGUUCGGAAGAAGAUUCGGCAUAUGCUGGUUUUGGUAGUUCAUCACCUCUCUCAUCAGCCGAAUCGUCCUCAAUGAGUCUCAAUUCAGCAUCAUCAAAAAAUUCAACCAAUAAUUUAAAUCAUUCAAAAACUCGAACACUAUCCACGUUAACAUUUCAACAACAAAACACUAUCAGUAAUAAUCAUCAUCGUUUCAAUGGUGGAACAAUUCAACCACCAUCAAGUCCACAUGAAUCAAAGCCAAUCUUAGCUGUUAAAGGAAUUACAGCACCAAAAGUUACACAUUUGACAUCACCGCCAGGUAAACAUCCAUCACCUGUAACAACAACAAUUCCUCAAAAUUCACCUACAACAAAUGAUAAUAACUCAUUGCCAUCAAAACAACUUUCAUCCAAUUUAAAUUCUGAGCAACAAUCUGAGAUAAUCACCGCCACACCGAUGUCAACUUCAAAUGUAUCACCACCAUCAUCAUCAUCACCACCACCACCAUCAUCAUCAUCAUCAUCAUCACCACCACCACCAUCAUCAUCAUCAUCAUCAAUAAUUGGAAAUGUUCCAUUAACACUUCCAACGACUAAAACAAUCAAAAACGUUGCUCCAACACAAAGUCCAACAGUUGGUGUUGUAAGUCCAAUGAUGAGUCAUCGUGUUAUUAAAUUACCACAAACAUCAAAUAGUAUCGUUGAUGGUGAUAAUCAAAGUGAUACAUCAACAACAUCAGGUAGUCGUGAUUCUGAUAAUGCAAGUGUUAUAUAUAAUCCAAUUGAUGAAACAAUUCCAUUAAAAGAUAAUUCAACUUCUAAUCCUAUUAUUGCAUUAGAUAAAAAACCACCACCAAUGCCACCUGUACGAACAAAUAGUCGCCUGGAGACAACAUUUGAUUCUAAUUGUUGUGUGACAACAUCAGAAAUUACUACUUCUUCAAAGAGUAAAAAUAUUUCUACAUUUUCCGGAUCAGAUCUUACGGAAAUUCCACCAAUGGAACCAAUUAUACCAUUGGUACCACCACCUUAUAAUAUUGUUGUAAGAAAUGGAAAAGCAUCUCGACAAACGAUUCAUUCAUCUGUUACUAGAAAUGGAGGAUCACUACAAGAUAGUUCAACCAGUGAUGAUUCAUUAGAUUCCAUUUCAACAACAAUUCGAUGUGCUGCUGCUAGUGCUGCACCAUCUUAUCGUCCUUCCGGUUAUUUAUCUGAAGGUGAACCGUUAUUUACUGGUGCUAAUGCUACUCUUCCGGAAUUAUCAAUAGCUGAUGUUAGCAAUGGUUAUAUGAGUGAAGGUGGAAUUACGGUUUAUGCUCGAAGGAUGCAAGCACGUUUCAAGGAAGGACUUGAAGCAGUUCGAGAUUCGAUGCGACAACGAAAUCGUGAUUUUAAUGAUAGUUUUGAAGAUAGCUCAUCAUUAUCGAGUGGCAUAUCGGAAAAUUUUGACGAUAUAUCAACAGACGAUCUUACUGGAAGUUCCUUAUCCGAUUAUCCGAUGGUAGCAACAGCAGCAACAGCAGCAGCAUAUGGUUAUCAGCAACAGCACUACACUACUACCUCUGGUGGUACCACAGCUGCUAAUAUUCGACAAUCUCAGGUGCAUACCAAACGUAGUUCCAGUCAUAGUGGUACCAGUGGUACCAAUUCAUCAUCAAGUGCAGCACGAUUACAGCAACGUCGUAUGUUAGAACGUGAAAAUAUCGAUCAAUUACUUCAAAAAUGUCGUACAAAUUAUCGUGGUACUGCUUGUGGUACACAGGCUUCACAACGUUAUAAUGAAUGUGGACAACAUCCAAUCUAUCAUACAUUAGGUAGUAGUGGCGCUAGUGUCGGUGGACAUUUGAUACCACAAUUAGCGCUUAGUGAUGAUGGUGAUACGUUAUGUGUAAGAAGUGAUUCAGGUCGAGCAUCAUUACGUAUGCCAUCAAAACAGGAUCAUCAAGUUCAGGCUGGACCAGGAUUUACAUCAAUUGCCGGAUAUCAUUCAUUGGAUCGAAAAGCACAUUUACUAAAUUGCUAUCGAAUAUCCGAUGAUAAUCCAUAUCGGUUAGCAGCAAUUGGACAGCAAACAUCUGCUGCUACUUUAGCAAUGGUAAGUCCUCGACAUAUCGCAUCAAAUCGACAUCAAUUUACAUUAGCACAGCAAAAUAUGGAACAUAACCUGAUUAAUCGACAUAGUGUUGCUGCUAAGCGAACCGUUUCGCUUUCCUCUGCUGGAAUGUCACGUUCAAUGAUUUUGGUUGCUGGUAGUGGUUCAGAUUCAAGCGCUGGUAGUUCACAACCUUCAACACCUGAUAAUACACCUAAUUAUCGAAUUGGUAGCCGUUCACCGCUAAUGACUAAUCCAAAAAUGAUUAUCAAACAUAUACCGCUUAGUAUUGCAGCUGAUAUUUCAACCACUGAAAGAAAUUCCACAAAUAGACGCACAGGAAGUUCAUUGUCAAGUCGUAAAUGUCAAAUGGAAAAUGCAUAUGCUAAUUAUGCUCAUCGUGAUGCAAAUCUUCAACUUCACAAACUUUCCGAUGAUGGUAUAAGAACACCACAAAUGAAAACAUCACGUUAUGCAGAAUCUGGUUAUCUUUCUGCAACAUCAAAAUUAUCACCAAGUGGUUCACCUGCUGAAGCAAAUGAUUCACACUUAUCACUAACAUCUUCUGCAAAUUCAUUGUAUUCAUCGAUGGAAGAAAAAUAUGAAGCAGAAAUUCGAAAACUUAACAGAGAAAUGCAAACAUAUCGAAGUACGAUAACAAAAUUAACUGCAAAACAUGAUGGUUACAAUCAUAUCAUUCAACUUUUUGAAUCUAAAUUACAACUAAUGGCAAAACAUGUUGAAAGUUUGCAAAAUAAAUCACAACUAAAGAAGGACGAAGUAUUGAAAUUACGUUCUGAAAUUGAGCAAUUACGUGUGAUGAGUAUUAAUGCUGGCGUUAACGUUUCCGGUAUUGCAACAAUCACGCAACGUAAAAGUUCAUCACCACAAUCGCAAGAUGGUGCAGGUGAAUUACUGAGACAUCCGUCACUGGAAAGUGUCACCAGUCAUCGAUCAUCGAUGAGCUCUUCUAGUAAGGGAAGUAAAACAGAUAAAAGCAGUUUAAAUAGUUUUGGCAAACAAGGCAAAAAAAGUUGGAUAAGAAGUUCAUUUUCAAAAUUCACUAAAAAUAAGAAAACAAAGAGCUGUUCAGUAUCGGAUGCAGAACAUUCACCGAUGCAUACUUCUGGUUCACCAUCAAACCUGAAACCAAUUUCAGGAAGUGUUAAUAGGCUAGAUGAAUUAGAAAUGGUACCACAAGUUGUGGAACUUAAAAAACAAUUAGAAGAUAAAGAUUCAGCAUUAACUGAUGUACGUUUGGAUGCGCUUGAUAAGGCACGUGAAGUAGAUAUUCUCAAAGAAACAAUUAAUAGAUUAAAAAAUGAAAAUAAAAUUUUGAAGCAAAAUUAUACAAUGUUAGAAAGACGAAUAAGAGCUGAAAGUCGUACCAGUUCACAGCAAUCAUUACCAACUCUACCGGAUGAUGAUCCGGUUUAUGAAAUACCACCAAAUAAUGAACGUUGUUUAACUGGAAAUGGAACAAAUUGUUUGAAAGUAACAGUAAGCGUCGAUUUUAGCGGUUUAUUACGACCACGUUCGUUAGCUGGUGAAGUAUCAAUUGGUUUUAUACACUUACCUUCUUCAACUACCACUUGGGAAAUUUUUGAUGCUGAGCUUUUUAAACUUUUUGAUGAUUAUAUGGCAAAAAUUGAUUCAAAUAAGGCUUUAGAAUUAAAUAGCCAUGAAUCAAUAAUUGGAUAUGAAUUUGGUGAUUUUAUUCGAGAUAUCGAGACUAAUUCCGCUCCAUCACCUAUACCAGCUGAUGUACUCACGCAUAAUCAUGAUAUUCGCAUCUAUUUAAGAGGUGUAGCACAGCGUAGUGUUGAUGGCCUUGUGAUGGAUUGUUUAUUUCCUCGGUCUACAAUUGAACUUCUAUUAAAAGCAUUGCUGCAAAAUCGUCGUUUGGUACUUUUUGGUGCAACCGGAAUUGGUAAAUCAAAUUUAGCACGCUUAUUAGCUCGAUAUUUAUGUAUCAAAAUUGGUGGAACAUUACAGAAUACCAUUAUUGAUAUUAAAAUUGGUGAUGAUGAUAAUGAUCGAAGUAUUGCACAGGUACAAAAACAAUUAGAAACAUUACUACGUUCAACAAAACCUGUAAUUAUUUUAUUGGAUAAUAUUCAACGACAUCGUAUCGCUUUUCUUAGUUCAUCAUUUAGUACCGUUGAUACACCAUCAAAAGAAGGACCAUAUGUAAUUUGUACUGUAAAUCGUGCAUCACAAUUACCUGAAUUAGAGGUUCAACAUAAUUUUCGAAUGUUUUUAUUACCUAAUAAUAUGGAUGCAAUUCGUGGUUAUAUGGGACGAUUCUUGCGACGUCGUAUUUUAGAGAAAGAAUUUGGUGGUGAUGAACGAUCAUCACCGCAAAUAUUUCGAGUUGUUGAAUUUUUGCCACGUGUUUUAUCAUCGGUGAAUGCAUUUAUCGAGAAAGCAAAUUCUCGAGAUGUAACAAUAGGACCACGUUUAUUCCUUCAAUGUCCAUUAAAUGUUAUGCAAUCACGCGAAUGGUUUAUCAAAUUAUGGAAUCAAAUGAUAAUUCCAUAUAUGAUUAAAGUAGCUAAAGAAGGUGUAAAAGUACUUGGACGAUGUGGUAGUUUUGAGGAUCCAACUGAUUUUGUUUGUGAGCAAUGGCCUUGGUUAGAAGGACCAACUGCUGAACAAGUUUUACAGCGAUUGUCACCGAUCAAAGAAUCAUUAUCAAAUCAAACAAAUAAUUCACAAUUUGAUCCAUUAGAAGCAUUAAUUCGAAUUCAAGCUAAUAAUGCUAGUUCACAGCAAGAAAUGCUUGUUCAUAAGGCGUAA